UCUGAAUGUGAUAAAGUUCGAGCUGUAAUUCCCUUAUCAAAGCACCGACGAGAGGAUAUCUACUACCAAACUCUACAAAACACUUUUUAUUGUUAUUAGAGUGAGUCCUGGAAUUUGUUUAAAAAAGCGGAACUUGAAUUAAAUUUCUAUGCGUUUUUCAAAUUUGACAAUGCAGUGUGAAGUUCUUCGAAUUGGAAACAUCGCGCGCGAUGUUUUCUGACGCUGUCAUAAGUUUUCGUGAAGACUUCAACUUGGUCAGAGAACGCGUUGUUUUUUCCCAUUUUUUCACUUGAAGCAAUUUGUUGUUGAAUUUUGUUGUGAAUUUGGGCAGUUGGAAUAUGCAGGAUGACGGUGGAUGUUCAGCUGAGUGAUAUUGAAUUGCUAGUGAGGACUUUUGUGAAAUCCAGCUAUCGUCCGAGGGAGGAAAAUGGGUCACAGCAAGGAUUCAAUCCGGUCCAAAAGUGCACCGCCUUGAUGAAGUGCGACUACAAUGUGAUCGAGAUACCGAAUUUGGCUGGUGAAUUGUGCAGUCACUAUCCGAGUAGACUCAUUAUUCCCGAGUCUGAGCUUCGCCCGGAGACCAAUGACAACUUUGGCGAUCAGCUGGGCGCUCAAGCUAGAGCCUACAAUCUUCAGAAGCUCAAAGAAACCAUCCCAAAGGCUCGCUAUGCACGCUGUCGCUCGCGAUUUCCCGUGCCAGUGCUCCUGUACAAAGGGAAACUCAUCAGUCGGGCUGCCACGAUAUCAGGCAGUCCCGAGAUCUACGGAAGAUCCAGCCUAGACUAUCUCCUCUAUGGGUAUCCAACAGAAACGACAACGGACGAUGUUGACGCCCAAGAGGCCAAAGAAGCCCUGAUUGCUGAUGCAAUGCAGGAAGAGCCUGAAACAGAAUCCCUGCCACGAUCAGCUUCAAACGAUUGGCAAUUGUGCGAUCGUGUGAGGCAACAAGAUAUAAGACUCCUCAAAUCUCUCGACGUUGAAACAAUCAUUGAUUUUAUGGUGGAAAAGAAGAAGGUCAAAUUUGGCGUCAACGUAACAUCGUCAGAGAAAGUGGACAAAGAAAGGAGAUACGAUGUAUUCAAAAUUGUCAGCCUUCCAUAUCCUGGAUGUGAAUUUUUCCGUGUAUUUAGAGACAAUAAUUUCAACGGUGAAGGCCUCAUUUUCGACUGGAAUCAAAGUUACGUAGAUGCUAGCAUACAUGUUCCUGAAGAUCCAAUCAUAGUACAAUUACCUAUCGAAUGGGAUCAAUAUAAGCUUUGGGAUCUUGUAACAAUCACCCAGAAUUACCUGAAACUCGUGCUAAAGUACAUUCAGGAUGGAAAUUCGGGGAUGUUGAUACACUGUAUUAGUGGGUGGGAUCGUACACCGCUGUUCGUGUCCCUGGUGCGUCUCUCUCUGUGGGCAGAUGGACUGAUCCAUCAGUCACUCAAUCCACUGCAGAUGCUGUACUUUACAAUUGCAUACGAUUGGUACUUGUUCGGGCACAAAUUGCCGGAUCGCCUGAAAAAAGGAGAGGAUAUAUUCUUCUUCUGCUUCUACUUCCUCAAGUACAUCGCCCACAGUGACUAUAGCCUGUUGGACGACAGGGCAAAGAGUAAGGCGAGCAGCGGAGGAAGUAUCACUGUUCUGUGGUCAGAUGGCGAUGCCCGGCUGGACAAUAUGCUUGAGACUGAGAGUCGAGGAUCAACAUUCUCCCUCAAUUCAAUCUCAAGUUUCAAGAGCAACAACGAAGAGAGUCUCAAUGGGAAUAGUCAUGGUCAAUGGACUACUGUUAGUCUGGAUGGGAGUACUGUUCAAAUGGGCUCACCACCUCAUUCUCCCAAUAACUCAAAUGCCAGCAAUCGCGACAGCGCCUAUUCGCCGCCCUACAAAAGCCGAACUAGUCCCGUUUCUGUGCCUGUCAGCAAUUUGAUGCAGCGUCAGCACCAUGAAUCGUCUUCCUCCGCGUCUGUUGGCAGUUGGCAGAUGAUUUCCGGUACUGGGAGUGUACGUUCUGUGGGAAGUGACUUUAGUGGUGCCAAUAAUCCCAAUGCCAAUCAUCAGGAUUCAUCGGCAACAGCCAAAAUCUAUGGGAUGCCACUGGUGAAUGAUGUGACGAGAAUGAGAGCGGAAAAAUUUGAGAAAAUCCGUCAAACCUUCAAUACUUACUAUUGCACAGAAGUGCCCCAUUUUAAGAAUGGCCAAUACGGUAAGGGGAUGAUUGAGAAGGUUAUUGAUACAAUUUGUUAAAUUUUUCUCGGCGUUUUAUCGUUAAAAAUAUUGUUUAUCUUUUUUUUUGUGUCUGAUGUUAGUCAAUUUUUUUAAAUGGACUUUUUAAAUUCAUUUUUCUCAACAUCUUCCUGAACUCAAUAAGCAAUUUUUCAAAGUCAGGGAAUAAUGAAAGAUUUUUUUUUGAUAGAUGUGAGUUAUGAUGAAUGUUUAAAAUUUUAUUUGUUUAACACGUUUUUUUUGCGCCUUUAAAGACUCAUAUUUUUUGUGACACACUUUUAAAUUAGGAAAAAAAUAUUAUAACUCUGUGUUCAUUAUUUUAACCACGAAGAAAUUGUAUAAAAAAAAAAUUUACAGCAUUUUCCAGAUGUUUUGAUAAAUAUUUCUUCGAUUAAAAUAUUUUAGUUCAAUUGGGUUUUCUGAUUGGCUGGAGCUUUGAAAGCUUUCAAAGCUCUGGCCAAUCAGAGGACGCCAUUGGAUUGAAAUAUUUUAAAAGGACUAAAUAUUUAACAUCUGGAUAGUUUUUAUUGUGGUUAGGAAAGAGAAAAAAGGUGUCUAGUCGCGGAUAAAAGUAAAAAAAUUACGAGAAACAUUUUUCUUUCUUUAUUUUUUAAAUAAUUCUCCAUUUUUAAGGUGUUUUUCCUUUUCUCAAAUUUUUAUAACUAAAUUUCUAUACACCAUUGAAGUGUUCUAUAAUGUUUAAGAUUUAAGAGAGAAAAAGAAAUCUGUAUAAAGGAUGAUUAGGACAAAUUUAAAAAGUCACAAAAUCCCUCAAAAAACUUCCUUCAAUGAGAUUUUUGAGAAGAAUAUUGUUUAUUUGUUGUUUCUCGAUCAUAAAUAAAACUUUAACAUAUUUUUUAACUCAAUAAA